CUCGAAAGCGACCCCGAUGGCGGCCGUCUCAGCACCUGCUGUUCCUGCUGCGUCAACAUCAUGGGCUGCUCCAAGCACCUCUGCCAUGGGACCAAUGGCGGUCAUGUCGGCGUCUGCCGUUCAUUCUGCGUCUACCACUGGCGAGCCCUCUGUCAACCAAGCUGCUGCCCCGAGCACCUGGUCUCUAUCCCCAUCUUCUAGUGUGAGGGAUUUCGACGCCGCCUCUGCUUCCACUUGGGUGCCAAGCUCUCAAUCUGCAUCUGUUGCUGAUGUCCAGCCCACGCCUAGCCACCCGGCUCCUGCGCUUUCGCCUUCGCCGUCUGAGAGCGGUACGCCACCUUCCUUCGUUCCCUCGCCUUCUGCGAGCGCGCACCCGCUUGGCGUGCAGGUUGUCGCAGAGGAUCCUCAGCCCUCUUCCUCGGCGUCGUCGGAGGCACCGAUGAUGACACCGGCCAGCACCGACCCAUACGCGUGGAUGUUUCGGCCUGACGUACGGUUGUGAGCUCGGUGCCGGAGGUUCCGGACUCACAUGCCCAUAGCGAUAUUCGUAUGGCUUGGCCUCCUCAUGUAUUUGAUUAUAUACCAUAAAUUCACCUGUUCUCGCUCG